AUGCACGGCUGGGUGUUCCUGAUCUGGGCCCAGGGUCUGAGGCAGGCUGCCCUUUGUGCCACAGGAGUCAUGACAGGCACUAUAGAAACAGAGGGGGACAUUUCUGCAGAAGAAGGUGGUUCUGCCAUCUUUCAGUGCCGCCUUUCAUCCACCAAAGCCGAAGUGACCCAGGUCAACUGGAAGAAACGAGACCAACUUCUGGCAGUUUAUCACCCUGUCCUUGGGUGGCAUAUCUCGCCAGGCUUCAGGGAGCGGGUGGCCCCUGGCCCCCAUCUAGGCCUCACCUUCAAGUCUCUCACAAUGAAUGACACAGGGGAGUAUUUCUGUACCUAUUACACCUACCCUGAUGGGAUUUACAGUGGGAGGAUCUUCCUGGUGGUUCAAGAAAGCUCAGUGGCCGGGUUCCAGAUGCCAGUGUCUGGAGCCGUAGCUGCUGUCCUCGGGGUCAUCUGCGCAGCUGCCCUCGGGGUGCUGGUCGCGUUGGUUAGAAAGAACUCUCUUAGAAUCCGUUCAGUGGAAAGUAGCCUUGGGAGAAUGGCAGCUGAGCACCAGGAACUGAGCUUCAGCAUUCCCUUGUCCCCUGGACGAUGUGUCCAGGUAGAUGCUGCCCCUGCUAGCCCCUAUGAAGAGCAGCAAGGAGACAACUAUGAAGAGCCACCUGAAUAUUUCAAUGUCCUGAGCUACAGAAGUCUGGGGAGCAUAAGCUUCCUAGUGGAGACCGGUUAA